UCACUGCGUCAUUUCCGUAGGAUAAGAAAUAAAAGAAGCGUUGGUUUGUUUAUGCUAGCGCUAGCCUGCUUGUUCUGCUGUCCAUUUAAAUUCACAUCGUUUUAAUUCCGGUUCCACGGCUUCCACGGACAGCCGUGAAACGCCAGAUGCCAUCUCGUUGCCCUGCUCUCCCGCUCUGAGCUCUGCAGCGGCCAUGGAGCCGCCCAGCAAGCCCGGCUCCAGCCAGGUCGCUGAUGUGGUGUUUGUCAUCGAGGGAACGGCCAACCUGGGCCCCUACUUCGAGUCCUUAAGGAAAAACUACAUUCUUCCAGCCAUUGAAUAUUUUAACGGAGGCCCCCCGGCAGAAACAGAUUUUGGUGGAGACUAUGGGGGAACGCAGUACGCCCUGGUGGUGUUCAACACCGUCGACUGCGCCCCAGAGUCGUACGCCCAGUGUCACGCACCAACCAGCUCCGCCUUCGAGUUUGUGUCGUGGAUCGACAGCAUCCAGUUUAGGGGCGGCGGCGCUGAAAGCUGCAGUCUGAUUGCAGAGGGACUUUCUGUGGCCUUGCAGCUUUUUGACGACUUCAAAAAGAUGAGAGAGCAAAUAGGUCAGACGCACAAAGUGUGCGUGCUGCUGUGUAACUCUCCCCCCUAUCUACUCCCCGCCGUGGAGAGCGUCAGCUACACUGGCUACACGGCGGACAACCUGGUCAAAAUCAUCAGAGAUCGAGGGAUUCACUUCUCUGUGGUGGCUCCUCGGAAACUCCCAGCUCUGCGGGCGUUGUUUGACUGGGCGUCUCCGGUGGCAGGGGCGGUGGAACCUCAUCCGGACUACAGCCAGGAUCCGUUCCACAUGGUGCUGGUCAGAGGAAUCUCACUGCCUGUUUCUGCAGGUGGAGGACCACCGCACAAACCCGUCCUCCCUCCUCAGCCGCUGCCUGGCAGCCAGUCUGUUGUCGGACCUUCGCAGCCCCCCCCAUCCAUUAACCCCCCCACGCACCCUUAUCAGAAUCCGGCCCCCAUGUCUGCUGCUCAGGUGGCUGCACAGAUGGCCGUGGAUGCAGCCAAUAACCAGAAGAAUCGCUUCGCAGUGAUGCCCGGUGCAGGCGGGCCUCCGUUCACCAACCAGCCGCCCAUCUCUUCGGUUUCUGGAAUGAAGCACAACGGUCCCAGCAUGUCCACGGUCACCACGGUGAACCAGCCGAUGAUGCCACAGCAGGUUCCUCCCAACCCCCAGCAGCCGGUUCCUCCCCAGGGUCAGGCCGUGGCCAAUCAGCAGCCGCAGCAGCAGCCGCAGCAGCAGCCCUCAGCCAAUCAGGCCCCUGCGCCGCCGGGACAGCCCAACAUGGCUGGUGUCGGCGCAGGUCAAGGCAACGCAAACGCAAUCGUACAACCUCAAGGAGUGGCAAACAAAGUUGUGGCCUGGAACGGCGUUCUGGAGUGGCAAGAGAAGCCCAAAGCCUCGUCUAUGGAUUCAACCAAACUGACGCGUUCUCUGCCGUGUCAAGUUCACGUCAACCAAGGAGAGAACCUCAACACCGACCAGUGGCCCCAGAAGCUCAUCAUGCAGCUGAUCCCGCAGCAGUUACUGACGACGUUGGGUCACCUGUUCAGAAACUCUCGAAUGGUUCAGUUUCUCUUCACCAACAAAGACAUGGAGUCCCUGAGGGGCCUCUAUCGCAUCAUGGCCAAUGGUUUCGCGGGCUGCGUGCACUUCCCCCACACCACUGCGCCGUGUGAAGUGCGGGUGCUGAUGCUGCUGUACUCCUCCAAGAAGAAGAUCUUCAUGGGCCUCAUCCCCAACGACCAGAGCGGCUUCGUUAACGGCAUCCGACAAGUGAUCACCAACCACAAGCAGGUCCAGCAGCACCGGGCGCAGCUGGGUGGAGCCGGGGUUCCAAUGCAGCCCAACCAAGUCCCCCCCAACCAGAACUUUCUGAACCGGGCCCCUGGUCCCAUCCCGGUGUCCCACGGCGGCAGCGUCCAGCAGCAGUCUGUGGUGGUGGGCAUGCCCCCCGUUAGUCAGGUCUCUAUUAUGGAGGAGCAGCAAAGGCCGAGCAGCAUGAUGACCAUGAGAGCCACAGGACCAACCAAUCAGCAGCCGGCGGUCAGUGGAGCGCCACCCAAUCAGGUGGCUCAGGGCGGACAGGCCCAGCCGCAGGGAUCUAUACUCCGCCUCCCCAAUCCAGGAGCCAAUCCGCAGCUGCGGAGCCUCCUCCUCAGCCAACAGCAGCCGCAGGGAGCGGUGUCUCACAUGCCAAACAUGAUGUCCCACCAAGCACUGGGGCAGCAGAUGGUCCAUCCGGCACCAGGAGGGGGGGCUCCAAUGCAAAGCCAGUGGAGGCAGCCCAUGGCAGGCCCCAUGCUGAUGUCGGGGGGGCAGCGAGGGCCCAUACCCCAGCCUGGGAUGCCCCAGGUCCCCAGCAUCACGGAUGAGGACGUCAUGAGGGAUCUUCUCUGAGGCGCCUGAACCAUUACACACUCUGGGACUUCUAGCUUACCUCCAGUUUGAACUUAUAAAUCUGCAUUUUGUUUCCUUUCUUCUUUAAAUCUUCAACAUAAUUAAACAAGCCCUGUGUUGUUGCUU